UCUCUCUCCCCAUCCUUCAGACGACGCUAUGAUACGUUGCUGUGUACAUCACCACUUGUGAUAUAUUGCUCGCAUUCUCAUCCUCAACCUGCUUUCCUCUCUCUCCUCUUCUCCUCACCCUCGUCAUCAAAUAUCUUCACCAUGUCUCAACAAUACUCCUACCACCAAGCACCCGCAGCACCGCACCGCCUGCCCGCCAACCACGGCACCAGCAGCGCCUUCUCCCCCUCCGCCAACCCCGACGAAGACUGGACCCAGAUCUCCGACCUCGCUGAGCGUCGCCGCAUCCAAAACCGCAUCGCCCAACGCAACUACCGCAAAAAGCUCAAGCGCCGCCUCGAAGACCUCGAACGCCGCGCCGGUUCCUCCUCCGCCUCCCCCCCACAAUCCCACACCGAGCUCAAGCCCUCCAAACCCACCACCACAAACAUGCACAAGACGCCCUCCUCAUCCUCGUGGAACCGCCCAACCAAGCUCUCACCGCGCGCCACAUACCAAAGUUCACACCAAUACACCCCCCGGCUCCAACCGGCUGACGAUCUCUUCCCCCUCGACCGUGCCGCCUCCCACACCCCCCCUGUCUUCAGCUACGCCCCCUACCCCGCCCCAGACGAGUCCUCCUUCUACCCCUCCUACGCCCGCACCCCAUACUCCACAACAGGAGGUUACGAGUACGCGGCGCCACCACGCCCGUCGUUCGAGCCGAAGCGGAAUGACGAGGAGCUCAACGCCUUCGGGCGGGACUGGAUAUCCAGCACGCUUAUGACGACCCGCUUGUGAGCCCGCGUCAGCCUGAUCUGCGGCUGGGCGCUUGACUGACGACAAUUUCAGACGCCGCCGCUUGGGGAGGGGUUUGAGUUUGAGGUUGAGAAGCCUCACACCAACGGCUCCUCUGCCGAGAUAACUUGCUGGCUGGCUGGUGGGUGUAACGAACGCACUUUUAUGACGAACGGGAAUGGGAAAUCGGUGUAUGCGAUUUUAUUGACCUCUGGAGCGGUGUUUGGUAGAUGGAAACGAGCGUGGGUUAUGCAGCGGCUGGUACUGGGAGCAUUUCGGGCAACAAACAAACUGUUGGGAUAGGGAUGGAAUACCCACUCGGUGUUUCGGCGCCGAAAUUGGCUGCUUUUUUUAUUAUUUAUGGAAUAUUCUGUCCUACUCUGCUGUUAUUUGUUCGUUCUGUGUGUGUGUGUGUGUUUGGGUGG